GUGCAGAGGCAAUCGGAAAUGUUCAGAUAUAAACAAACCUCUUUCAUCUGUUAGCAAUUUAUGGCAACGAAACGAUCAUCGACUAUUGUAAGUAUUCGUGUGGAAUUGCAAGUUGAUAUCGAUAUAUCGUUUUAUACUGUUUUACUUCUAUUUAAAUUUCCCUGCUAGCAGUCUUUUUUUCUUGUUGAAAUGAUACAUCAAACUUUUUCCUUCUUUUGUUUAGUCUCAGAGCCCAGUGGAAAAUUGGACAGAUGAUCUUCCAGUGUGCAGGCUAUCUGGUGUUGGUUUUUUGACCAAUCAGAGAUACAGAGAAGAUGGUGGAAGAAGGGAAGAACAUGAGUUUGAGGACAGGAAUUUUCAUUUCAAUGUAGAUGACAAGUAUCUGUAUGGUGUGUUUGAUGGACAUGAUGGCACGCGUGCUUCAGAUUUUACUGUGCAACGUCUUCCUGCAGAGCUCUUGCUUGGCCAGCUGACAGGUUUGUCCAUACAGUGAAAUGUCUUUGCUCUUUAUUCACUCCUAGACUAAGUUACCAGGAGAUUAGUUGUCGCUCUAUAAACUUUUUUAUCUGUGGAAAAAUCUUAUGUUGUUACCUUUCAAAUAAAAUCUUGAUGGCGGAACGUUUGCCUAGUUCUAUUUAUUUCUUAGGAUUUUACAAAAAUGAAUUUCAUUUUUUUAAAUUGUUUUGCCACGGGUUUUAAAAAGCCCUCUUUAAACCAGGAGUCUACCCAGGGGUAGACUAAGGGGUUCUGGAAUCCCUCCAUUUUCUCCUAACUUGUGAGUAGAGGUUUCCUUCUGGCAUGGUUUUUAGCAUUUUUAGCAUUUUUACAUUUUUUAGCAUUUCACAACACUGGUCAGUAUUCACAUGUGGGUUGGCUUGUUUACCUUCUUGCAAACUUAAACAAGUCAAACAAUGCAAACACCAGACAUGUGAAUGACUUUGUAAAUGCUAUAAAACAUUCUGGAAAAAAAAAGUCUGCUAGCAUAGUUAUGGCAUGCCAUUGGGGAAAAAAUCAUACCAAUGCUAAAAAAUUAACUACAACAUAUAAAUCAAAUGCAAUAAAAAAUAGGAUUCGAGAUUUGCAAAAUAUAAUAUGUUCACCAACAAAAAAUUAAAUAUUAAGCAAAUGUUGUGACUACAAACAGGAGUCAAAAUUUUGAAAUUUGAUUCUCAAAAAAAUGCGAGUCGAGUUGAAAAACUCUGCGAUAUUUGGUAGCCAAUGAACCGCUUCUUUGGAUCAAAGCCUUGUCUUGGUGAAGUGAAGACAUCGAUUGACAACACAACUGGUCAGCAUUGUCUCUUUCUCAACUUGCAUUUUUUUUGGACUCAAAUUUCAAAAUUUUAACUUGUGUUUGUAGUCCCACUAUUUGCUAAUUAUUUUUGUGUUCAUGAAAAUAUAUUUUGUAAAUCUUGAAUCUUAUUUCGUUUUGCAUUCAAUGUACCGGUAUUUCACAAUAAUAUUUUUGAUUUACGUAUUAUGUUUUCAACAUGUUUUUGGCACUGGUACGAUUUUGUCUGCAACAGAAUGCCAUGCAUAGUACUUUUCUCCUUAAAAAAUAGUAGUGUUGAGUUUCCAUAUGUCAAUGAAAAUGCUGCUGUUACUAGUCCAUUGUGUGAAAGAUGCAAAGUGUUUAAAAGACCCUGUUUGCUAACUACAAGCACAUGAGCAUGGAGGAUACCUAUACUAAGGCUGGGUACUCAUGUCAUCAAGUCUCAGCUCGAUGUUUUAGUGAGGGAUAAUGAAUAUAAUGGUAGGCUUAUAUCUGUGAGGGCCUCUGCUGUCAUGUUGUUUCUCUAAUUAAAAGCUUUGUUCUGCAGUACACAGUAAACACUGCUGAUGAAUAGUGCAAGAAACAGAAUUAUUGUCUUAUCCCUCUUUCUCUUCCUCAGUUACGAUGAAUGAUGAACAGAUCAAGGGAGCUAUCAGACAAGCCUUUAUUGCUGUUGAAAAAGGUUUUUUCCAGUCUUUAGAUGACGCCCUUGCUGAGAAAUGGGAACUUCAGCUACAACUGCCAGAGGUAGGAAUUUCUACCAAUGGACAAACCUACAUAACAUUGUGAUAGAUGUGGUAUAAGAGGCUUUUUUUCACAGCUGUUGCUAAGAGCUGGCUAGCGCUUAAUUUCACCAGCUGAAAGAGAGGUUACUACUGUCUCAAAUUGCACUGGAAAUCAAAAUGCCGGGUAAUUUUAAGGGGGGAAAGGGGACUAAAAAUGGGCUAGAAAAAUUUAUGUGGUAUAAAUGCUCUAGCUUCUAUUGCCAGGUUGAAAGGCACUCUUGCUCACCCAGGAUAUCACAGUGUUGUACCUUACUACAUGAACAUCAAUUUUUGAAGUCAAAAUUAUCCAGGAAAGCUGUAAAAUGUAAAAAAAAAACAGUGGUUGUGAGAUGCAAACUAACCAGCCUUCUUUUGCAAUUUUUUUCAAUUUAUCACCAAAAUGGUCACAUGAGCCCAGUUGCGGUUAGUUUCCAUACAGGAGCAGGGGUUUCAAUAAGCACCAAUGAAUAACGAAAUGCAUCGGCUACUUUGCUUAGAGAAGUCAGCUAAUUUUUAAUUCCCGAAAGAAGAAGCAACUGUUUUUAAUAACAUUGUAAAUGAAUAAUAUAUCAUUGAUUGAGCGGCUGAUAAAUCGAAACACAUUUUCUUUAAUUUGCUCAAUUGUACUCAAUUUUAGUCCACAGAACGCUAGCAUUUGCAUUUGAAGGCUUUUCAAUCUCAAAAUUUCCUGGGUGAGCAUGUUCCCAGACCCCCAUAGAAAAGAGGGAGUAAUGCGGGAACUCCUUGUUGUUACAGUUGACUACUUUAAUUAUUACUGAAACCCCUGCAGGAGACAAGAAUUGACCUGCCUUCCAGGCCAGCCUGUUUAACCAGGCUGUCUUGCCUGAAUAUAAGCAGGCCUAAUGGAAGCAACAGAUGUCAAGGUUUGAAUCCUGCCCUAAAGAGUUUGACAUGUUGGUUGCCUGAACACCUAGCCUCCACCUUGGAGAAUGUUUAAUACAAUUUCUGCAACUGACCACAACCUGGUUAGGUCAGUUGUGCUUAGUUCAGAUGCUGUACUUCAUAUGAGCUGAAUCGAAUUCAGUGAAUUAUUUGAACUCAUGUGAAGUAUAGUGUUUUAGUCAUAUUCCUGUACGGCAAAUUGAAUUGGGAUUGGCUCAACCUUUCUUCACACCUGGCUCAGCUGGGAAUAGUGGCUGUGGACUGUCAUUGAUUUAGAUGUCAAACUUCACAUGAGCCAAACCAAAUGCAUAAAUUUUAUAAUUUUUAUAAGGUAGUUUAUUCAAAUGCACUUUUUUCCCUUUUGAAUUAAGUUCAGGUGGAAGAAAGUUUGGCAUCUGAAUCUAAAUUAAUUUGAGUCUGCCUAAAUCUCAAAUUCGAUGGGGCUCAUGUGAAGUAUGGCAUCUGAACCCAGCCUUGGAAAAGCUCUGGUAAGCCUGUCAGGUAAAAUGUUUGAGCCCAUUUAAGUCCAGUUCUUAAAAUGUCAGUAAGAUUGCUGUUGCUAUGAGUAUGUGAGCUAUGAGACCUUGUUUCAGUUGACAGUAUUGAACAGUGAAGGUGGCCAUCAGCCCUGUCUACUUGAUCCCUCCUUGACAAUUUGAAUAAAACAGUAGGAAUUUAUAUCCUUGUGUCAUUGCUCACUUCUCUUCGGUUGUUUCAGAGGAAGUGCUGUCUGUGGAAACACUUUUACUGUACUAGGUGUAACUGUUUUGGUUUCCUUACCAAAAAAUAUCAGCCCUUGGUUAAAGGUCAGGGGAACAUGUAUCAAAGUUUGUAAUUUUUUCAGGGUUUAAGUUCCUAUGAAGCUUACCAAAAGUUUCCAGACCAUGUUGCGAGGAUCCAAGCUUUACAAGAUGAGAUCAGUGGUGGUACUACAGCAGUGUUGGCUCUUAUAUUCCAGAAUAAACUCUUUGUAGGUAAUGUGGGUGACUCCAGAGCACUUCUUUGUAGAGUGACACCAGAAGGCCACCUCUCGGUUGAACAGGUAAUAGCCAAGACCUUUUACUAACUUGUAAUGAUCAAAGUUUAGGGAGAGUUAGUGAGGGCGAGCUUUGCGCAACUUUGACGUGAUAGAUGUUCGAAAUGCAUGUGAUCAUAUUACAAGUAAUAGGAGGUCCAAACACGUGAUCAGAUUGUGUUCUAAGUUUUGCAUUCAUUCUUAGUGGAAGUCCAAACAAAUGCUAGCUACAUAAUUAUGUGCUGUGUAUGACUUGUGUAACAGCAACCUCCCGAUUGGGAUUGCGAGCUCAUCUAGUCCUCGACAAUUACAUAUUGCUGGUUUUCAGCUGAUGUCACAGUGGCCAUGCUGGUGGACGAAAGCAAAAGAGUUUCUCUCCCCUGGGAACUAAACUCUGAUUUCAUGCAAAUUCUGCAAAGAAAAAUUUUAUUGUUUUGUCCAACAGCACUGCCACCUUGUCACGUGAUUAAAAAACAAGCAAUAAUAUAGUAACUUUGUUUAUAAAAGUGAGAAAUGAUGGCAUUAGUGGCAGGGAAACAAAAAGCUUCAUCAAAUAGGUUUAAACUUAAGGGGGCACCUGGACAGAAGUGCUGUUCAAUUACCUAGGGCCAGCAUGUUUUACUGACUAGCUGUUGGACAGGCAAGCAACUUUUGCCAAGGUAAAAGGAAAUAUUAGUGAAAAAGUGGGUUGGUAUACCUGUGCAACUGCCCAGGUGCACGUUUUUCGAAAGUCGGGGUAACUUUUUCAUCCUGGAAGAUGUUUACUUUUAUGUUUGUUGUGUUUGCAUUUAAGAUCAAAGUUUCAAUAACUUUGAAAAUGAUACAAUGGAAUUAUCAAUUAACAAAGCAAAAUUGACCGGUUUGUGUGCUAGGAAUUGUGCUACUAUUAAAUAGGUUUUGAUUUUAAAAUUUGCCUUUGGGCCCGAAAAGUUACUGGGCCUUUCGAGAAAUGGACUCCAGGCAAGUAAAAUUCAAUAUUGCAGCUUGUCCAAAGGGCAAGCAAUUUUUAAAAAAAUUUUCAUCUCAUCCUGAGAGACAAUCACUCUACAUGGGCAUUAGUUUUACACAUUUCUGCACAUAAUUGUUGCUUUCCUUUGGAAAACAACCCUGCAAAAUAGGCAAAUUGAAAGUUUCAGGGACUACUCUUGGUCUCUAGCAACUAACCUGUUUUAAUAUUUUUCACAUGUAGUUAAGUGUUGACCAUGUCACAAAUAACAAAGAAGAGCUUGAACGUCUGGCAAACCUUGGCUUGGACAUUCAACAAAUUCUGCGAAAUCGUAGGAUUGGAAAUCAGGAGAACACAAGGAGCAUUGGUGACUAUGGUGUGAAGGGUGGCUACAAGGAUUUUGAUAUUUUGAGGUGCAAACAACAAAUAUGUCAUUUAAGAGACUGAUUAGCGCAAUAAAUUUAUUAGGUGCUAAACUGUGUAGCAGCAGGCUCUGUUCAUGCAACUUGUGCAGAUUGUGCUUUAUUGAGUUUUACAUCAUUAUUGCUUUCAAUGAUGAUUAUGCAUUCAUUAUUGUAUCCAAAAAAAACACAAAGAUCACCUCCAUCCAUAGUUUGCUAUUAUUGGGUUUUCAACCUUGCAUUUUCUUUUAUGUAAAAUUAUUAACUCCAAAAUUAUUGUAACUCUAAUUUAACUCAAACAUGAUUUCUUGUGCUUGUAGUGGCAGUUUGGGCGGGGGGGUCGGGUAUGUCACUUUAUACAGUCAAACCAUGCGUUAUUGACACCCAGUUAAUACGGACAACUUAUGUAGCUCUCUCAGUGUCUGUAUUAACGGAGUUUGACUGUACAUGGUAUCAGUGAUAGAUGCAGUUAUGUUAGAGCAGUACACAGUGAAGUCAAAACUUUUCUUUCUUGGUGUCAUUUCCAGUGUUGCAACAGAAGAGCCAGUCAUAGCUGAACCUCACAUUUGUGGCGGCAUCCCAAUUGAUGAGACAUUCUUUGCUCUUGUGCUGAUGUCAGAUGGAGUUUACAAUUCAAUAGAAGAAGCCGCAGACAUGGAGAUUAAUUCUAAUUUUGAUGUAGUUCGCCUGGUGACUGAAGAGCUUCAGUGCCAAAAUAACCUGACUGGAGUAGCACAGGCCGUUGUGGAUAGAAUAGGCAGGGCACAUCAUGACACUUACAUGAACCAAAUGCGCAAGUGUCAGAAAAGAGAUGACAUGACACUCCUGAUUAGGAUUUUUAAAGAAGAGAUUGCUAACAGUCUGAAAAGUCCAAGGGCUGCGGGCAGGCAAGCAAUGUCAGGUAGAGACUGAAGUUUGUCGACAUUCUCCAUCUGGCCCCAGUUGUUAAAAUGGUAGGUCGUGCUAUCCAUCCAAUGGAUAAUGCAAUUGGCUUCCCUAAUAGUCUUGCCCAAUGUUAUUAUAGUGCUAUACAACUUUAUAACAACCGGGGCCUGAUGUAGCCAGUUCUGAAUUUUGAAUCCUGUAUGUUCGUCUUUAAUCGUUAUCUUUAAUUAACAUAAUUGUCUGUUGCAAGCUAAUCUGGCAAUGGGUGUCAGUCAUGUACAUGUGCACGGAUGCUCAUAACAGUGACAGCGAAUGGGAAAAUACAAAAGUUUCACUCACGCCAUAAAAAAAAAAAAACAUUAUAAAAAUAGCGGGAAUUCAAAAAGGUAAAUUACUACAAAUACUUGAGUGAAAGGCAUUAACAUUAGGGAGUUUAAGAUAUAAAGACUGCGACGGCCACGAAAACGUCGCUUAAAACGGGAAAUUUGCGUUCUGUCAAUCUGUAUCGCGAUUACUCCAACUCAUUUACUUUGAAUGCAAGCGAACCCUUUUUGAACCGAAUUCCUAAGAACCAUAUUCAAUUUCAGAAAGAGAAAGAAGAUUUAGCCGUCGCUUGUUUACGUCCUCCAUAAAACGUGAAAUUAGGCAUUUUCAUGUCGUGGUCGUGCAGUGACGGCAAAAAAAUGUAAGAAAAGAGCGUACCGCACUUGCCGAGUUGUUGUUUUGCUUAUUCAGCUUAUUGCUUUUUUGACUUUCUCGUUGUCCUGGCUGUCGUGGUAUCUUAAAGUCCCUAUUAACAGCGUAUACAGUAGACGGGGGUAAGGCAUUCCAAACUGGACAGUUCUAACUAAAAAAGAGAACUUGUGCGCGUUAAUGUUAGACAAAAAGCGUUGAUACUGAAAUGAGGGUUGCGUGCUAGUUCGUGUGACGUACGGCGAGGUGGUCUAGAUGAGGGUUGCGUGCUGGUUCGUGUGACGUACGGCGAGGUGGUCUAGAGAAGGUCAUUAGGAAAAGGUCUUUUGACGUUGCCUAUUUGGAUCUUAAAAAACAUGAUCAAGUCAGAAAUCUUUCUACGUGUUUCAAGAUCUUGCCACCCUGUCUUUGAUAUCAUGUUUGUAACACUACUGGUUCGGUGAUAGUCGUUGAAAACAAAGCGCGCUGCGCGACAUUGAACGGAAUCUACGCAGGUGAUGUCCUUCUGUGUAUAUGGAGACCAAGCAAUGAGCCGAGUCGUAUUCACGUACUGGGCGGACUAAGGUUAAGUAGGCUCGUUCUUUAACAGUACGGCUACAAGACGCUAGGUUCCUCUGCAGUACACCCAAGAUCUUGUUUGCUUUCUUUUUCACUUCCACAGUCUGUUUGGACCGGUUAAGGGGGCUGGUGAUGUAAACCCCUAAAUAUUUCUUAAAAGUGGCUCCCUCCGAAGGAGUAUUGCUACUAGGGGCAAAGUUUAUUUGCACACACAUAGCUGCUUCCUGCUCCAGCCGCAAUAGGGACUUCCGCAGAAGCGUAUGAUGAUCAGCCGAAGACUUAAUACGGCGGUAAAGCACACUGUCAUCCGCAAAAAGCUUAACAUUCGGUAAUACAACAGAGGGUAGAUCGUUGAUAAAUAGAAGACACAAAAUCGGCCCCAGAACUGUGCCCUGGGAUACACCAGAUAGAACAGUUGACCAAUUAAAUGAUGAAUCAUUCACCACCACGCGUUGUCUUCUACCAGUGGGAAAAACCCGAAGCCAGUUAUUAAGCUUCCCAGAAAAGCAAUAAAAUUUGGCCUUAAGGAGGAGCCUUUCGUGAGGCAUAGUGUCGAGGGCCUUUACGAAAUCAAAGAAGAUCACGUCGACCUGACCACGGAUGUUAAGAAUACUACUCGCCCACUCGUGAAUGACCGUAAUAAGCUGGGUCCCACACGAGAGUCCUUUUUGGAAGUCAUUCUGGUGCUGGAGAUGACUAAAUUUCUACUAAGGUGGCUGCGAAUUUGCUUGCAAAUAAAGUGCUCCAUGGUUUUUGCAAUAAGAGAUGUUAAAGACACAGGUCUGUAAUUUUUAAAGUCAACAGAAUAUCCCUUUUUAAAGAUGGCAGUGAUGUUUGCAUCCCUCCAAGCGGAUGGUAGAGCACCUUUAUCAAAUGAUUGUUUGAAAAGUGAAGUGAGAGUAAGGGCAAACUCAAAAGCAGACUCGUUAAGAACGAAAGAUCAGGUCCACUGGCCUUGUCAGACCUUGUGGACUCGAGCAGCUUCUGAAUACCACGGGUAUUGAAGGUAUAUAAUAUCCGGAAUAUCCUCGUAUGAGAUUCUGGGAGAACUGGAACGUUGUUUAAAUCUUCCCACGUAAACACACUCUCGAAUUGUUCACGCAGGGCUUCGGCUUUUGACAUGUCGUUUGCACAGACGCGAUUUUUCCAGAAGAGGGCUGGAAUAUCCAUAGACUCCGAACGUAAGAGCUUAAUAUACGACCACGGCCUCUCAAUGCCGACACUGGUACUACCGUUAGGAGACGGUGCGAUACCGCCCAUGGCCUCUUUAGUUGUGCUGUUAUGUAAAAGUCUGUAGGCACUCAAGUGAUGAGCUUUUCCAAGUCGUUAAGUCUUCUUGUAUGCUCUGUCACGCUUGUUUGUCAAUCUUUUGAUUCCUGGGCCAGUCCAGGAAAGGUGGCGCUUCUGCUUUGUCAUUUUUGAUGGAAUAAACUUGUUAAUCGCCUCUUUGAUAGAGGCUGAGAUGUUGGACAAAUUCUGCUCAACAGACCUGUCCUCGGGGCGUGAAUGGAGACACCAAUCACUAAAUGACGACAUGCGGGCACGAAAGCCUUCAAAAUUCCUUUUAUGAAAUUGAUAGACUCUUCAAGGAGGUUUUGGGGCAGAUUUUGGAGCCACAUCUACUUCGAAGAGAAUAGCGUCAUGGUAGCUGAUGCCUGGGACGAAGUGACAUGCCUGGAUGAGGCUGCUGAUGGUAGAAAAUACAACAUCUAGCGUUCUCUCAGAGACUUAACAGGUUGGAGAUUUCACAUGCUGCGUAAAGCCAAACUUGUCGGUAGUCUCCAGCAAGAAGUGAUCGCAAGCAUGCGCUGGAAUUUUUUACGGUAAGGGUCACCGGAACUCCAAUCAGUUGCUCCACAGUUGAAGUCCCCGCCAAGAAUAAAUAGGGGAAGCCAGAGCAAAUGUUACAAAGCUUACUACGAACAUUACCUGCAUGCAUACGUGCCCGCAUGUCGUCAUUUUAGUGAUUGUUAUCUCCGUUCACCGAGACUGUAAUGACCUCGGAGCCCUCGACAUCAAACCUUUUUCCCUCUACAGCGACUAGGUCGUUGCGAACUGCAAUAAAUACUCCUCCACCAGAAGAUGACCUGUCCUUACAGAAAAUGUUAUAGCGCUCAUGGAAGAUUCAAUAGGUCGGAAUGUCAGCAUCAAGUUUAGACUCACAUUCCAAAAUAAUAUCUCGGUGGUGCAGCUCAAUGUAAGAUUGGAACUCACACCUUUUAGCUGAGCACUUUAGACGGUUGCAAUUUAAGGACAUAACCUUCAGCUUCCUUUUCGCUGGUUUCCUCCUUGGAGGUGCACUGCUUGUAGGACUUGAAGAGUGGAGAAGUGGCCCUGGUGAGGAGGAGCUGAAAAGGCUUCCAAAGCUACUGGAUACAGUAACUGAAAAAUAGUCAGUCAGCAGGAAAGAUUUUGAAAAGUUGGAAAACGAACAGCGAUUGCAUAUCCAAACCAACUUUGAAUCACAUCCAUGUGUCGCCGCGCCAGGAUUUGAUUGAACAUCGCCACACAAAAGGAGGGUAGGGUAUAGCAGUUGUCGAUAGGAACCAUAACGACUGUUGUAGUGAUCCAAGUUGGCGGACGUCUUGUUUGCAAAGCGAUUAAUGAAGGCCUCAAAUCCAACAAGGAAAGGGCGAUCUCUCAGCGGCGAAAACUGAUAAGCAGUGUCAUCGGAACAAAAACUGACGUUAGGCAGUGGAUUAGGCAGAUUGCAACACACAAAAAUAACGAAAUUAAGCACGAUCGCCGGAACAAUAAAAUGUGUUCGGCGACCGCUGACUAACCCUAAAUAAGCAAAUAAGCAGUAAUUUUCGUAUGGUACCAUGAGCUGUUCUAGAAAAGGGACUUCUCAUUUUUGAGUUUGUAAUUAAACAGCUGAAUUGGAGUGCUUAAAUUUAUAUGUAAUCUCCACUGUUAUACCGGUCCGGUCAAACUCAAUCAGUCCUUUUCGACCUCAGUGAGGCACACGGCUGCUACUAAAACCUUUCUCGAUCUUCAGCUUUUUUCCAGCUUCAACCCAACAUAAUUCCCAUUUCACUCAGCUCUUACUCCACAGUUCCCUGCCAUAUUGUUUUUGGCGGUAAUCGCCUUCUUCUCCGUUGUGAUGUCCAUAUAAGUGCUUUGUGUGGAAUUAAUUUCGCUCGAAACAUAUUGACAUUUUAGUAGUUUUUAAAUAAGUCAUGGAGGUCCUCAUGUGAAGCCUUAUAAACUGUAUUGAUUGUUUAGACGUUAAUGCGGACUCACUGCAGCGUUUUCCAAACUUGUAUUUCAGGUGUGCCACCAGUAAGCCCUGUGGUCCUUCCUGUAUCUGUACCAUACAACCCUGCGAGUGCUGCAAGCGGAGCUGCACCGUCCUUAUACAUACCCCAGGGUGUACAACCCGCACCACAACCUACCGGAAAUACACCCAGCCCUACUACCUCCACGCCUACCAGUACAGGCACUCCGGUACCCCAGGUGGCUGUCAGUGGUUCACGGUCGGAUACCCAGAGCCCUGCUGCUUCCUCGGGCUCUCAAUCACCUUCCGUGUUCACUCCUGCCGAACCGGGAGCUGUAGCAGGACAAGGAACAGGCAUAAGCGGCGAUGAUGAAAGAGAGGACAUUCGUGUGGAACCCUAUGUGGAUUUUACGUACUUUUAUCGGCAGGUAGCCGAACUCGGAGAAGACUAUGUCUACGGCUGGGACAAAGCAAAUACUGAAGCACCCGCUUAGUUUAGUUGAAAUACAGAGUUAAACGUAUAGAAGGUUGAAAGCUCUUUUAUACUGUUUACAUUGGCCCUUUUUACAAGCAAAAUCAAUUGUGGAGUCCCCGCAACUUAGAAGUGUAACUUCUGCCUCUCGUUUAACUCCAAAUGUGUCCGUCAACACACAGUGAUUAGAAAAUGCUUUUGUUUUUGUACCUGGCUAAAUUUAUCUUUAACAGAAAUAAAAGAAACUUUAAAGGAUAUAUUUAAAAGAGUUUAGGGUUUGGAGAGGAAGAGUGACGGAGCGGUGAGAGCGCUGGACUUGCAAUCCGGAGGGCCGAGUUCAAGACUCCCCUGACCACUGUUUGGAUGAUAAGACUGAUGAAAAUACCGUCACCCUUAACUAAAGAAUUGAAUAAAAUGUCCCCAAC